AUGACUGGGGCAGAAUCCAAGGAAAUCGCACCGGUGACGGAGGUUGAUGGAGACAUUGGGGAGAGCAAGGUCAUCCAUGAGACGGGUGACGUUAUUGACGAUGGUGUUCGACGUGCCCUCAAGUCCCGUCAUCUUCAGAUGAUUGCGCUGGGAGGUGUCAUCGGCCCUGGAACAUUCUACGCGACUGGUUUUGCUCUUCAGUAUGCAGGCCCAGUGGGUUCGCUCAUUGGCUACAUCAUCAUCGGUAUAGAUGUCUUCUUCGUCACGCAGUCUCUUGGAGAAAUGGCCACUAUGUUCCCCUCUACCGGCUCAUUCAACGAGUUUGCUGGUCGCUUUGUGGACCCGGCCUUAUCGUUUGCUCUGGGGUGGAACUAUUGGUACAUGUGGGGAACUAUCUUAGCGAACGAAUACAAUGGCGCUGCUUUGAUCCUGAGCUUUUGGACCGACAAACUCCCAAAUUAUGCCUGGAUUCUGAUCUGCUGGGUUUUCUUCAUGGGAACUUCGCUCUUGGGCGUUCUAGUCUACGGAGAGAUGGAGUUCUGGCUAGCGUCCUUUAAAUUUGCUGUCACCCUUAUUCUUUAUCUCGUUGCAAUCCUUCUUGAUACCGGAGCAAUUGGUGGUGAAUACAUUGGUUUUAGGUAUUGGAGAGAUCCCGGACCGUUCGCCAAUGGAAUCAACGGCUUCGGAAAGGUCUUAGUCCUGGCGGCUGUCAUGUACUCCGGAACUGAAGCAGUGGCGAUCACAGGAGGAGAGUCUCGAAAUCCUAAGCGAGAUAUCCCCAAGGCCCUCAAGCAAACCUUUUGGAGAAUCUUAAUCGUCUAUGUUGGCAUGAUAUUCUUCACCGGCCUCAUCGUUCCAUCCAACUCCGAAGGCUUACUGAACGCCAAAUCCAAGUCUGCCUCAUCUCCCUUCACCGUUGCCCUCGUCAAUGCUGGCUGGGGUGGUGCUGGUAACCUGAUCAACGCCAUCAUCAUCAUGACGCUUCUCUCUUCAAUCAACUCGGCUAUUUACAUUGCCAGCCGUACCAUUUUUGCCCAGGCCAAGGUCGGCAGAGCCCCCAAGUUCCUGGCCCAGGCCACGAAGAAUGGUGUCCCGGUCAAUGCCAUUGUCUUCACGAACCUUUUCGGCUUGAUUUCUCUACUGAACAUUUCCGAGAACGCUGGGAAUGUAUUCAACUAUCUCCUUUCCAUCUCGGGAUCCGCUGCCUUCAUUGCCUGGGCAUUCAUUGGCCUCACCCACGUUCGCUUCCGUCAAGCGAUGAAGGCUCAGGAUGUUUCGACCUCUGUACUCCCAUUCAAGUCUUUUGGGUAUCCCUACAUCCCCUGGAUUGUGUUUGGUGUCAAUAUCUUCCUCGUCUUGAUCUCCGGAUAUACCACCUUCCUAUCCCCUUUCGAUGUCAAGGCCUUUAUCUUCGCCUACCUCGUUAUUCCCAUUUUUGCAAUCCUCUAUGUUGGAUGGAAAUUUUAUCACAAGACAAAAUGGGUCAACUCUGCGGAUGCAGAUAUCUCAAGUGGUCGCAGAGAUUGGUUGGUUUGUGGUUCUGAUGAAGAAGCUCCUCGUACAUGGGCUGGCAAGCUGAAAAAUGUUCUCAUCGGUUAG